AUGCCAUGUGUCUUACAAGACGCACAAAAUGAAACUUAUAGUUCUAUAACUAAAGAAGCAUCUAUUACAAUGGAACCUAAUAAUAUUUUAAAAACAUUUAAUGUUAAAAAUACUGAACAAUCAAUUACUUCAAAUAAUGGGUUAGAAGUUUGGUGUCCGAAAUUAUCUAUAUCAGAAGAACUUGCUUAUAACAAAGAUGUUAGUUGUCUUCGUUCAAUUGUAAAUCCUAAGAACAAAACGACACAACAUAUUUCAGUUGGCGAAAUUCGUGCACUUGUUUAUAACAGUUAUGCAAUUCGAGGUCAAAUGUUAUCUUAG